AAGUUGCUGUGUUUCCAGAUGAGCGUCGCGUCGCGAUCUCACGCGGACUUCCGGGUUUCCGGGCGCGCGCUUUACAAACUGGACAUUUCGUGGCCCAGAAACCCCGAGCUGUUCAGCGGUCAGGUGUUCGCAGUGGCUGUCAAUCACCUGAGGGGGCGUGUCUAUGUGGCGCAGAGAGGCGAGAACAUCCCGAAGGUGCUGGUGUUCAGCACGGAUGGAGAGUUCCUGCAGGCCUGGAACACCAGCACACUGGAGAUGCCUCACGGGAUGUUCCUGGCCAACGCCUCGGCCGACCCGUCCCUGUGGAUCACGGAUGUCGGGAACGGGCCGUUCGGACACACGGUGAAGCAGUAUUCUCCGGACGGGAAGCUCCUGCGGGUUCUGGGAUCCCCCGGGAAAGCCGGAUCUUCUCUCAGUCCGCUGCAGUUCGACCAGCCGGCAGAGAUCUUCAUCCACAGCUCCGGAGAAAUCUACAUCGUGGACGGAGACGGUGGCGUGAACAACCGGCUGAUCAAACUCUCUCCAGAUCUGCAGGUUCUCUGGAUGCACGGAGAGAGAGGUCCAGGACUGGCUCAGUUCUACAUCCCUCACAGUGUGGCGGUCGACAGCUAUCAGAGGGUGUGGGUCGCAGACCGGGGGAACAAGCGUAUUCAGGUGUUUAACUCGGUGACGGGCGACUGGCUCGGGUCGUGGGGAAGCUGCUUUAAAGACGACGCGCCGUACUCCGUCAGAUUCACUCCUGACCAGAAGUACAUAGUGGUGGCCCAGUUAAACACCAAUCAGAUCGCUCUGCUGGAGGCUCCGCCCAUCGGCAUCAUCGGCCAGUGUCAGGUGAUCAGCACCAUUGAGCUGGCUGAAGAUGUGAAGCCACACCUGGUGGACCUGGACCUGAAGAGUUCUGACCUGUACGUGGCCGAGAUCGGAGCCGGUCAGGCCCAGCGGUUCGUCCCGCUGAGUGUUUAGAGGUGUCGCUGAUUAUAGCGAUUAUAGCUGACGCCUGUCAAUCAAACCGUGAUUCUCAUAGAGGAAUAAAGGGAGUGUUGGUGAUCUGG